CAGAGCCGGUCUUUCUUCACUUGUCCUUAGAGACAUACAUCAGGAAACAGGGGCGGACCAGGCUGCCUUUUUGGCUGCUUAAGGAUUUCAAGGCAGUCUUCCUCUAGCUCUGCGUGCCAAGACCCCAGGGAUCACUGCUGGCCCGUUCUGCACAUAAAGCCGUUCGAGUUCUGGAGUUACUGUCCGCAGCAGCCAUGGAAAAGGGGCCGGGGUCGGUUGAUGCGGCGGGGAAGGGAGAGGAGCAGCGGCAGCUUACAACUCCUGCGCCGGAGAAUGCAACUGAGGAAGGUGAAGAGUGCUGCGAAGGUCUCUGGGGGCUGCCCGUGGAGCUCAGCACGCGGAGACCCGAAUGCGGCCGCUGCGGUCGUCCUCAAAAGGUGUGCUUGUGCCCAUUCUUGCCAGUUCAUCCUUUGAAAGUCUCCACUUGUUUGUACAUUAUCCAGCAUCCGGCAGAGGAAAGUAGAGUGUUACGAACAGUACCUCUUCUAACUGCUUGUCUUCCUGAAGACAAAUGUAAAGUCUUGAUUGGACGACGCUUCUGUGAAGACAGGUACCCUGAAUUAGCAUCCAUAUGCAAAAGUUCAAAUACCUUAAUACUGUAUCCUGGAGCUGGAGCAACAAAUUUGGAAGAAAUGGAUUUGAGUUCCACUAAUUCCUAUACGAUCGUAAUCAUUGAUGGAACAUGGAGUCAAGCAAAAGAUAUAUUUUUAAAGAAUCCCCUUUUUCAAAUGCCCAAGCAGGUACAAUUAAAAACCAGCUUUUCAAGUCAAUACAUAAUCCGUACCCAGCCCACAAAUGCAUGCCUUUCCACACUUGAAUGUGCAGCUAUUGCCCUCGCCAUCGUGGAAAAAAAUGAUGCAAUUAAAGAGACUGUACUUCGUCCACUUCAAGCUCUUUGUGCUUUCCAGAUCCAGCAUGGUGCCCAAGUCCAUCACAGCAAGGAGCAUCUUCUUAAAAAUGGUUUAUAUGACAAACCAAUGCCAAAAAAUAAACGCAAGCUCAGGAGAAUGGAACUUUUAGUGAAUAAUGUUAAAAUUUAGAGGUAGAUUUAUUAUGUAUAGAUUUAUUAUGAAAGAUUUUUAUUCCUUUUAGCUAAUGAAGUGGAGUUAAUUAUGGAUUUGAUCCAAAUAAAAAUAUCCUAAAAUGAAACACAUUCACGUGGCUCCCUGCCCAGAAUUCAAGACUGAUACAAAGGCAAAAUGCCUGGGAAGCUUUUCGAAUUUCUGCCUGAAUUUUUCAUGAUAAUGAUGAAGCUGAAGCAAGAAGGAACAUAUAUUUUCUUAAGUGUUUCAAUUUGACUUAAAUUAAACCAUAAUUUGAAUGUUUUUUCCUUAAUUUCUUACUAAAGUGGAGAUAUGUAAUAUUAAUAUUGAUAUUGCAGGUGGGUAUUGGUACUUACUGUAAGUCAUGGAAAUCCUAGUAGACACAAGAAUCCGGAAUUCCUGUUUUUUCAACAGUUAACAAACCUGUUUUGAAAUAAGUGUAUUUGGGGGGGCUAGAUUUUCCUAUUCAUUAAAGCCUGGCAAAAAAUAGACAUUCCAAUCUUAAAACAACAAGCAAACAAAGAGUAUGAGACGCACUCCUCUUUCUAUGACAUUGCAAACAGACCAUGACAUGAAAGCACAAAUUUUAUUGUCGUGAUUGCAUUCUACUUUUUCUUAGUAGUAUUGUUGUGUUUAUGUCAAAAGAUUAUAUUUUUAUAUGAAUAGUGCAUUUUUAUCCAAUUUAAGAGCUAUUGUAACAUAAAUUAAAGAUUAAGAAGAUGAAAAAUAAUACCUUGAGUCAGUAUUAUCUAUCUACCCAUGUAGUUUGUCUAGAAAGAAAUGAAAUCAAUAUUUCUGAAAUUAUAAAUUGCAAGUAAAAACUGCUAAUUUGACAGAGAACAUUGCUAUUGUAUAGAGACCUACACGAAACAUGGAUAACUGGGAAGUUACAAGCAAUUAGGCAUUGUUUGUAUUGAUGAGAAAGGUACCAUUUAUUUUGCCUUAUUUCAGACUCAAUACCACAUACAUUAUUUUAUCCUGACAUUUGUUUUCAUUAUCAUGAAGACUACUUUUUUUUUUGUAAGAAUAUUUAAGUUUCUUAAAGAAAAAGAAAAAUUUGUACUUUAGAAGUGAGCCAACUAAUAACAUCGGAAUAACUUGGAAUAUCAGAAUUUUGUAAAUUCCAGCUAGUCAUACAUUUUCUUCAGACUUGUGAGAUUUAACCACAAACUCUCUCACAGUAGAUGAAUGAUUGACACCACGAAUAAACCUCCAAGCAGUCUAUUCACAAGGUUAGGGAAGGUAUUCAUUAUAAUUGUAGCAAAUAUUUAUGUUAUAUUAAAUAUUUCUGCAGUUGGAACUCUAAGUCACCAAUGUAAUCCUCAUGCACAUAGAUGCUUCAGUGGCACCUAUCAAGUCCUAAUUUUAACUGAUUUUGAACUACAGUUUUUUUUUAACUUAAUAUAAAUGCAAAUAUAGUACCAAUUUUCAAUUUCAAAUUUAUUUUGAAGAAUAUUGCUGAUUCCAAUAAAUGAUAUGUAGGCAUUGCAAGAAAUUAAAAAUUGUGGUAGCUGCAAUUCAGUGCUUGCAACUUUGCCUAUUUGUCCUGCGGAAGGGGGGAUGGGGGAAGCAAGCUGAGUAAUAGAAAGAAUUGGUUGGAAAAAGUAAGCAUGGCAUGGAAUAGCCUCAUUAGUUUGCUGUCUGCUAGUUGUGUUUUAUAACAAUCCAUUUUUUAAAGAAAAAUCACGGAAAGUUUUCAGAAGUUGAAAUGUAUUUACUGCUCCCAAAAUAUUAGAAACCCUAACACUAUAGGGACUAACCAAUGACAUUGAUCAUACUUUUUAAUAUUGUGAAAAUCAGUGGAUAGAUUUGCAUUCAUUUUGUCUGAAGGUUUUGGUUCAUAUAGAAGAAUAUGAAGCAUAAAAAUAGUUAAUAAUAAUAAUAAUAAUAAUAAUAAUAAUAAUAAUAAUAAUAAUAAUAAUAAUAAUAAUAAUAAUAAUAAUAAUUUAAUUUGUAGACCAGCUGAUCUUAUUGAAUAUAUUGGAUCUUUUUAAUAUAUUUUAAUAGUGUGUUUAACAUAUACUAAUACAUGGAAGACAAGCUGUGAUACUUUCUAUAUUGAGCUGCCACUAAAAGCAGAUUCAGAAUUUAAGUCGGUAGAGGUAAAAUUAUACAAAUUGCAUCGAUUUUGUGAUUUGCAGGUUGCAUAUUACACUUUGUUUUCAAUCUUUUAAAGUCCAAAAUAGUUUGUGGAAAAGUUGCUAAUAUGAUCUCCAUCUUGAUAAAUCAUAAUGUGCGUCACUAAAUUCCAUUCAAGAAAUAUUUUUUAAAAAUAUAUGGAUAUGGGUGUGAUUAUGUAUAUUUUAAGGAAUGAUUAUAUGUUUUUAGAGAUUUGGUGAAGAAGUUUAUGUACAAGGAAUCAAAAGAAUCUUCUUCACUUUUCCUGUAAUAAAACUGGUCUUGCAUACCACUCUGUCUUAUUAAAUCCCUGCUAUAGCAUUGCCCAGUUCAUAUGAAGACAAGAAUUAGAGUUCAAAGUAUUAAACAUCAAAUUCAAAUUGAAGUUCAUCUAAUAAGAACAUUUAAUAAUAAUAGCCUCUUAUUCUACCAGAACUGUUUUAUCAGGAACAUUUGAAAAAAGAUUAUUCUUCAUAAGGAUUCAGAGAGUCUCUUCUGAUUUGUAAAAAAUAAUAGGUAUAAAUAAAUGCCUCUUGCAUGAUAUGUGUGGCUAUUUUCUGUUUUAAACAGAAGAAAAGUAUUGUCAUUUCCUUGAACAAGAAUGCUUGAUUAAAGAGUUUAGGACGCAAAAUAUGUUUGCAAAAUUUUUCUGCAAGAUAGCUCUUCUUAACAUUGCUGAUUUCUACCUGAAAAUAUCUAAUGCAUUAUUCAGAAAAGGCAGAAGCAAAUGCUGAAUGACCCAGGAAUUUCAACGUGAAAUUAUGUUGGAACCAAAACAACUAUGUAAAAUGCAUGAUAAGAACUAAUGCUCAAUUUUAAAUUUUAAUUGGUUUGGUCUCAAAAGAAAAGCGGAGGCGCAGUUAGCGUACAUUCUUAAAAGGCACUUUGGCAUGCUACCUAUUAGGGCUAUUUUAAGUAACUUGCUCUAAAAAGGAAUUCAGGGGAGUACACUUAACAUGUAGUGGUAGCAAGUGGUAACUUGACAUGAAAAGAAAGGAACAAAGCAAAUCUUUAUAGAGUUAAGGGUGAUUUCCAUAUUUGGCAGUCAGUGCUGGUGUUUAAGAAAAACCUCUUUACCUCAUACUUGGACUAUCCAGUUGCUUCUUUAUUUCUCUAAAGACAUGGAUUGGAUGAUUCUGCUAUAGGGAACAAUCAAGCAUAAAAGAAAUUUUGCUUAAGGAAGAUUACCAGUCCAGUCUCUGGUAUAUCCAAAGUAGGGUUGGGAGUUUGUAUCUAUCACUGAGGAUCAACCUUUCUAAACAUUAAGAAAUCUGAAAUAUAAGAAAAGAAUGAAAAUGUCAAUCUUGCUGUAUCUGAUUCCAUCACUGCCACAUGCCCUGUUUUGAAAAGAAUAAAGUGGCACUUAGCCAAGAAAAACUUUCCUGCUUGUUUUUUUAAUGGCCUUUAAAAAAUCCAUCUAACAAAGACAACUUGAUAGUUUCUGUUUUGAGAAACAUAUAUUUUUAAUGUGCUUUUUUAAUUGAGUGUUACACAUAUUUUUAUUUCCAACGUUUUAUUUAAUCACUACAUCCUUUUAUACAGAUACAUACAGAUACACACACAAAUCGUUUAUAAAAACUUACAUAAAAAUGGAAAGACAGAUUAAAAAUGUACAAUCCCAGGUAAAAACAAUACUAAACUAAAAAAAGUUGUUUAUAACUUUUCGGGAUUAUAUAUUACCUUU